AAAUCUACACGCAAGUCAACAACACAGAAAAUAUUAAAAAGAGAGCGAUCGCAGAACGAGAGAAAGCAGUAAUGGAGAUACAACACUUCAGCCACGAGCAUCUGCUGGUCCUCGACCGGACCGAGACAGACGGUGAGACUUGCAACUUGUGCUCGAGCGCGAUCGAUUAUCUGGCCUUCGCUUGUUUCGAUUGCGGGUUCCUCCUCCACGAGAAAUGCGCAAAAUUGCCACGCGAAACAAAAUCCCGCCUUCUUCAUCCCCAGCACACUCUUGUCCUCGUUCCCAACCAUCCUGAUCCAUUGAAGCCGCUUAAAUGCAGCGUCUGCGGAAAGACAUGUCCUGGGUUUGUCUUCCGAUGUGGCGAGUGUGACUACAACGUCGAUGUGAGCUGUUUCAUGAGAAACCUGUCAGACCUGAAUCUCCCAUCGCGAGAAAAGACGAGAAAAAUACAUCAUUUCACCCACCAGCAUAGCCUGAUCCUUCGAUAUUGCCCAGAAAAGAAUCCUGCAGGGCUCAGUUGCAGAGGCUGCGAGAAGCCAGUCUCCGGCCCCACGUACUUCUGCCCCGAAUGCCCGAAAUUCUGUCUGCACAAGUCAUGCUCUCAGUUCCCAGAACAAAUUCAACAUCCUUUCCACCCUUCGCACCCUCUGGUUCUCAACACAAAAUCUCCUUACCCUUCGGGCAAGCAAUGGUGUGAUGCUUGCAGGAAGGACAUAAAAGAUGGAUACAUCUUCCACUGUUCAAAGUGCGGGUUCGACCUGGACCUUACCUGCGCAUCACGAGCACCUUCCCUUAAGCAUGGGAAGCACAGCCAGCACCCACUUGAAUUCUUCGAGCUGACAUUUCUCGAGCUUGUCUGCAGUGUCUGUGGGAAAGGGUCCACUGAACGUAUCUACCGAUGCGUCCCCUGCAAGUUCAAUGUCCAUUCCAGUUGUCUUACAUUUGCGAGCACCGUAAAGCAUAACAAUCACCGGCAUCCCCUCUCCCUUAAGGAAUCAAUCACCAAAGGCAACUCGGGUUGGUUCCCUUGUGAGGUUUGCAAGAAAAGUAUCACCCCGAAGCAUCCAGUUUACUACUGUGAGCAAUGCAGCUACGGAGUGCAUAUUGAAUGCAUCGACCCCGAGGACAAUCCUACCUCGGAUCCCAACUUCGUAAAACUUGUCAGCGACGUUGCAAAAGACGAGACCGUGGCAGCUGUACUGACAACAGAACUGAAAUCAAAGGUUGAAGCAUUACAUACAAAGUUAGAGACUCUAUUUCACAAAUACUCUAGCUUGUCGAACUUCCAUUCGGAGCUCUCUAAAUGAUGGUUCGAGAUGAAAAGGGAAUGAAGUUGAUAGAGAUGAGAUAUGUGAAGCUUGAAUCAACUAGCGAAAAGACGUACGUACGUCCAUAUGUAUAGAAAGAUCAAAUAAGUUGUCACGAGCAACAGUAAUGCUUAUUCUACAACUUCCAUCAAUCCCAUUGCUUAUUCUCUUGCACGGA